GGACUAGCUGUUGGUCUUGGGAUUGGGGCAUUGGCAGAAGUUGCAAAGAAGAGCCUUAGACCAGAUGAACGCAAUGGAAAGAAAGCAGUGAUGGAUUCUAGCCCGUUCCUGUCAGAAGCCAAUGCAGAAAGAAUCGUAAGAACCUUGUGCAAGGUCCGGGGAGCAGCACUGAAGCUGGGACAGAUGUUAAGCAUUCAAGAUGAUGCCUUCAUCAACCCCCAUCUCCAGAGGAUUUUUGAGCGUGUACGUCAGAGUGCUGACUUCAUGCCGAUAAAGCAGAUGAUGAAAACGCUGAACAAUGAUCUUGGCCCCAACUGGAGGGAUAAACUGGAGUCCUUUGAAGAACGCCCUUUUGCUGCUGCUUCAAUUGGUCAGGUUCACCUGGCACGCUUGAAAAAUGGGAAAGAAGUUGCCAUGAAAAUCCAGUACCCCGGAGUCGCCCAGAGCAUCAACAGUGAUGUUAACAACCUGAUGACUGUCCUGAGCAUGAGCAAUAUUCUCCCUGAAGGUUUGUUCCCUGAGCAUUUGAUUGAAGUCCUGAGCAGAGAGCUGGCCCUGGAGUGUGACUACCAGAGAGAAGCUGCCUGUGCAAGGAAAUUCCAGGAGCUGCUGAAAGACCACCCCUUCUUCUAUGUUCCGAGAGUAGUGGAUGAGCUGUGCAGCAAGCAUGUCCUGACCACAGAGUUGGUGUCUGGCUUCCCCUUGGAUCAAGCUGUAGGACUGAGCCAGGAGAUCAGAAAUGAGAUUUGUCACCACAUCCUGGUACUGUGUCUGCGGGAGCUGUUUGAGUUCAGAUACAUGCAGACUGACCCAAACUGGUCAAACUUCUUCUACGACCCACAGUUGCACAAGGUGGCUCUGCUGGACUUUGGAGCAACACGAGGGUUUGAUGAGAAGUUCACGGAUGUCUACAUAGAGGUAAUCAAGGCAGCUGCUGACAUGGACAGAGAGAGAGUACUGAAGAAGUCCAUUGAGAUGAAAUUCCUCACUGGCUAUGAAGUCAAGGAAAUGGAAGACGCCCACUUAAAUGCUGUCCUCAUCCUGGGAGAGGCUUUUGCAUCUGAGGAACCUUUUGAUUUCGGCAACCAAAGCACCACUGAAAAGAUCCAUGGUUUAAUCCCGGUCAUGCUGAAGCAUCGGCUUGUCCCUCCGCCAGAGGAGACCUACUCUCUUCAUCGCAAGAUGGGGGGUUCUUUUCUUAUCUGCACCAAACUAAAGGCCAAAAUUCCCUGCAAAAACAUGUUUCAAGAGGCAUAUAGCAAAUAUUGGAGCAGUAGGGGCAAGAAGCCAGAGGAGUAGUAAGAACGAACUAACACGUCUUGUUCUGAGGGCACAGUUCAUCUGGGCCUUGCAGAGAGUGUUCUAGCCUCCCAUGCGUUGCUCCCCAGCUCUCCAUCCUCUUGAGACGCAGCAGCCUGUGCCCUGGAAGCCACGUGUGCGUUUCACAAGGACAAAGCUGUUCUUUCAUGCCGUGUCUGUCCUACACUGACUGCCAGUACAGUCCGCAGCUUGCAGGAAACUAUCUUCUCGAGUGCUUCUGUACUGUUUCAAGGCACCAGCUGACUACCUUGAAUGCAUUUUUAACAUUGUGAUGGUGGCUGCGUAUUCAUUGGGUUUUAUAACGAGUAGGGGAAGGAGGACAAGAGCAGAAUUUAAUAUUGAAACCUGUUUGUAAUUCUCCAAAAAUCGUUUUUUUUUUAAAAAAAAACCCUUCCCUCUUUCAUGCCAAGAUGGAAUUCAAGUAGUUUUCAUACUGUGAAUUACAGAAGGAAAUACUAAGGUGUACCCUACCACAGACACAUUCAGCACCUCCCCCUCCGUUUUGUAAGUCAAGUGGUGGCAGUUUGAGAACCCUCCUGGAUUUUACUGACAUUAAUUUAAUGCAAGGGGGGCGUGUGUACAUAGGAUGAAGUUUUAUGCUUUCUGCCUCUUUUUGGCUUGCGAGCAAAACAUAGGAAAUUUUUUAAAAAUCUGAGAAUUGAGUGGCAGUCUCUUUUAAGCACACAUGUACACUCACACGACCCAUCUCAGUUCUGGGAGUCAAAUCUGUAAUGAAGAGAGUUAUAUCUGAGCACAAAUAGUGGGAUUCUUCACUGUCUGGUAGGUAUCAGCUUUCCUGAGGGUGAGUUAGAUAAGCUACAACUCUGACACCAACUGCUUGCUGGACUCCUAACCAAGAACCUAGUCUGUCUGUCUGUCUCUCUGUUUUCCUGUAACGCAGAACUUAAGGCAAGGCAGACAAACACGUAAUGUCUCUCAUGAGCAUUUCAAGCUUUUGCUGAAAUGUCACACGUUUAAAACCAGACGCACAGUUUUAAACUAUUGGAGUCAAGCUAGGAAACUUACUUUCUUAGAUUUUUGUACAAAGCCUGUUACCUGUACGACUUCCCGAUUUCAAUAAAAAAGUGCUUAUGCGGUGG